AUGAUCACCGCCCUACUGAGCCUGUUGACCACCUCCCCACCCCUCAGCACACUGCUCGUCUGCUCGUCCGUCCUGUUGUUGCUGCUCUGGUGUCUGUUGAGAUCUACCCAGACAAGGGACGUAAUCAACAUACCAGGACCGAGAGGAGUUCCCGUUCUUGGCAACCUGCUCCAGCUAGGCAAGAAACCUCACAAGACGCUGACAGCUUUCAGGUACAAGUACGGUGAUGUCUACCAGAUCACAAUGGGCAGCCGACCGACCGUUGUCCUCAAUGGCAUCCAGACCAUCAGACAAGCCCUGGUCAAGCAGGCGGAGGACUUCGCUGGCCGGCCAGAUUUUUACAGCUUCCGGUUUAUCGGCAACGGCAACAGCAUGGGCUUUGGUGACUACGGCAGUCGCUGGAAGAUGCACCGGAAAAUUGCACAAAAUGCACUGGCCACGUUUAUCAACAAGAAAUCGAAUCCCAUUGAGACGACGAUUACAGCUGAGGCAGAUGUACUUGUAACGAGAUUGUUGGAAUCGAAUCUAACUCCACUCGAUCCCCAUAAUGAAAUCUACCUAUCUGUGGGCAGCAUUAUCUGUCUCAUCUGCUUCGGUAAACGAUACCAACGAGACGACCCAGAUUUCCUGCGGCUGGUCAAGAUGAAUGACGAGUUCAUGGCCUUUGCUGGGGCGGGGAACCCAGUGGACAUCAUGCCGUGGACUAGACACUUCACCAAGAGAUCAUUUAACGGGUUUCUCCGCAUCCUUGACGUCAUGAACAAGUUCUGUAACGAGAAGGUACACCAGCACAUCGGCACCUUCGACGCCUGCGUCAUCCGUGACGUCACGGACUGCCUGAUCCGGGCCGUGUACGACACGCCCCUGGAGGAGAAGGAGGCGGUGGGUCUGACGGACGAGCACAUCCUGACGACGGUGCAGGAGCUGAUAGGUGCCGGGUUCGAUACCAUCGCCAGCACGCUGCAGUGGGCGGUGCUGUACAUGAUCAGACAUCCGGACAUACAGGAGCAGGUUUACAAUGAAAUCAUCACAAAAGUGGGCAGAACAAGGUGCCCCUGCCUUGACGACCUGGCAGAUCUGCCCCUGACUGAAGCGACCAUCCUAGAGGUCAUGAGGCACUCAUGCAUCUUCCCAUUCGCCCUCCCACACAGCACGACACGUGACACGGUGCUUAACGGAUACAGAAUACCCCGUCAGACCUUGACCUUCAUCAACCUCUGGUCAGUGACCCGUGACCCGGACUACUUCAAAGACCCGGAUCUCUUCAACCCGUUCCGUUUCUUGGACUCAACCGGCAAACUCGACCGGCUGGCCAUGGACCACUUCCUGCCGUACGGAGCCGGACGCCGGAAAUGUCCGGGUGAACAACUUGCCCGGAUGGAAAUAUUCAUCUUCUUCACCCGGCUGGUCCAGAUGUGCCGGAUGGACAAGGCCGAUGGACAGGAACCUAUUAUCGAUAGCAAAUACGGGCUGACCCUAAAGCCGUUAGAUUUCAAGGCUAUGUUUUACAAGCGGUGA